AGGUUAGGUCAGACUUUCCAGUGAGGAAUGUCUUGUGAGGUAUUUCAGUAAUUAAGUGAUGGAUAACUCAGAAUUGGAAAUUAAUUUAGAAUCAAAAUACAAAGAUGUUUGUCUCAAAAAUGGAUAUAAUCUUCUCGACAAAUGCGGCGAAGGAUCUUAUGCUGCUGUACAUCUUGCAGAAGUGAAAUCAGAAGCUCAUAAACGAAAUCCGAACUUGAAAGAAAUUCUAAAAAGAUUACAGACUAACCAUGUAAGGAUGGCGUGGCGAUCAAGAUCCUUGACACGUCGUUUGUUUCGUCGAAGCGCAAGUUCAGGGCGAACACAGAGUGGACGAUAAUGUCUAGAUUAGCUGAAGACCCGCACCCGAAUGUGGUAUGAUUUCUAGCUGUUUUCGUGAUUUUAAAUAAGCAUCCGUAGAGGUUACGCCAGACUUAACUCCUAAUCCUUUUUCAAUGCCUU